AGAAAAUUUGAUAAGAUUUUGACUAGCACAUUAUUUUAUCUGUCAGAUGCCAAGGGUACACGUGGCUGUCUAUGAGCCACUGCUUUCUUUCCUGGGGUUUAUUUUUCCCCCCUUGUGCCGUGGUCGGUUGAAUUCCGGCAUCUUCUCUUCACCAUCGCACAACUUCAUUUAAGGGUGUUCUCUCUGCAAAUGUUGAAAAUUGAGCGUCCUCCUUCAAAACCUUCCCCACAAGUUGUUGAAGAGACAGCUAGGGCUCUGCAGCACUGAAUCCAAAGAAAUUAAGCUGCCAUUCUUUCUUCUCUUCAUGCUUUGCAAUUAGCAACACACGUAGGAGCUGCUUGCUUGACUGUCGCUGCGGUUGUGGCGCAGAAAACUGUUUCUGAGAAUUAAGUCCCUAAUUUCGUGAAAGGAGAGUUGCUUCCUUCAGUCACAUUCCUUGGGGAGCACUGGUCGAACUGGUUGGCUUGCAUUUUCGGUAUUUGACCCCAAUUAUCAUGAGAAACAAAAGAUGAUUGCCAGGGAAAUAGAUGCGGCGGCAGAUGUUACAGCAAAACAAGAAGGCAACACAGCAACAGAUGAGAAGACUUCUAAUUAUAAGGCCUCAAUAUCCGGUACUUCAGCAGCAGCGGCAUCAUCAUCAUCAUCAUCAUGGUCAAGGUUGAAAGAUCCACGGAUUGUGCGGGUGUCAAGGGCAUUUGGAGGUAAAGACCGGCAUAGCAAAGUCUGCACUGUGAGAGGGCUUAGAGACAGGCGUGUUAGACUUUCUGUUCCCACAGCUGUUCAACUUUAUGAUCUUCAAGACAGGUUAGGGCUUAGUCAGCCAAGUAAAGUUGUUGAUUGGUUGUUGAAUGCCGCCAAGCACGAGAUAGAUGAGCUGCCCCCGCUGCAAAUGCCUCCCGGAAGCUUUAACCAUAGUUUUCAACCAGUUUGGGGUACUCAUCAUCCUGGAGUUGGAGCUCAUCAAGUAACCAAGGAUCAAGGACUUAGGAUUGGUGCUAGUAUCAAUUGGGGGGAUCACGAUCAUCAUCCUAGUGAACCAUCAGGGUCGAAGACGUGGGAUUCGGAUGCCAUUUUGAGGCCUAAAUCCAAGGAAUUAAUCGCAAGGUCAGGGGAUUCGUCCGAGGAUAAAGAAACUUGGACAAGAUCAAGUGAAGAGGGGAAGCAACAUAGCAAUAAUUAUGAAAGCACUAGUCAUGGCGCUGCAUAUUUUUCAUCCAACAAUUUUUUCUCAAGACUUGGCCACUCUACUUCACCAAGCCUAGGGUUGCUGAAUAGCACAGUGCUGCCAUACAAUUCUUUAAUCAGAUGGGAUCCUUCAAAUUUGUCUUUGUCACAAUCUGGAAGCCCAUCUGGGUUGACUCCAGUACCCCAACCGGAAGAUUUCCACAACUUCAGCGUUGUGCCAUUGCCAUCAACGAUGUCCGUGCCAUCAGGCGGACCUCAGGUUCUCGUCUACCAGCCUGCUAGUAGUAUAACGCAGUCUUAUUUUCCUUCCCACAUUGCUCCUGCUGUUACAGUGGAUUACGCCCAGAAACAAAUCGAGUUCCAAAUGCUGAACUCGGCUACGGAAAAUCCACUCACGAAUUCCCUAGCACCACCUGUUAGUGACUCUACAAGCCAACAUGCUGCUGGUAGACCCUUUCGCAUACUAAGUGCAACCACCAAUCUCCUCCCUUCACAAAAUGAUCGCGAAAGCAAGCAAGACCUUGACAAUGACUUCAGUUCAAGGUAAUUAAUCUCAAACCUCUAUAUAUAUUACAAAAGUUUGUAACUGCUUCAGAAGCAAAGCAGAUAUAUAUAUGGCUGCAUGAUUAGGAGUAAAUUUGUGAUCAAUGUAUACGUAUAGUAUUUUAGAGCAAAACAUUUUGGGGGAUCAAAUAGGCCUUCGUGGGGGUUAUAUGUGCAUUUGAUGACAAUCUAUUGCUUCAUGGAAAGUUCAAUUUCAGAUGUUAACAAUUGUUGUCAUCACUGCCAUGAUCUCAUGAUUGAUUGUGUAAGCUUUCAUUGUUUGAACUGCCGAGAAACCCUUCAAAGAGAUUUACAUUUGGACCCUAUUCAAUUGGUGCGACAGAUAUUUCAUGUUUGAUAAGAAGAUGCAAAACUGGAUUUUUAUUCAUAUCGACCGAGGAUAUAUGAAUGCCUCAGUAGAGAGAGUGAAGGAGCAUUAAUUAUGGUUAUCUUGUUGGUCGAUCGUACCCAUUAGUAUCUGAUAUGUUGUUACGUUGCAAAGUUUCUGAAUGGUGUUUGUAUACAUUAUUCAUCUUGUUAUUUUGCCAAGCAUUUGUACAACGAAUAUGCGAAGCACUCAAUUGGUAGAUCCUCUUUUCA